AUGAGAACCUUAGAUAAUACUUCUGGCUUUAUGGAAAUUGUAGAAACUAUGGCUGUGGGGGCUUUAGUAAGCCCCAUACUCAGUGCCAGGGUGGAGUUUUGUCAGCUUCCUAAGGAGGCUCUAAGUAUUAAAGCACAGCUCUUACCCUGUAGGGAAGCACGCCAAAUAGCCCUGCACAUCAAGGUAAUUAUACACAUUCAAAACAUGGUGAAGGUUCCCACCUCACUGGUAAAAUUCUUGGUUCCCUGGUGUGGUGUCAGGAUGAACAGGUUGGCUUUUCCAAGGAACAGUGGUGUUGGUGAUCAAGUUGUAAUAGUCUAA